AUGAUGAUUUCUGUGGCGCUGUUUGCAGCAGAAGAAUGGUGUGUCCAUCCUGAUUGGUUACGGGAGAGGGGGAGGACGGUGGUACGAUUUGGGCACAGCAAUAGGGACAGGGAAUGUCGGGCAUGGAGAGAGAGAGAGAGAGAGAGAGAGAGAGAGAGAGAGAGAGAGAGAGAGAGAGAGAGAGAGAGAGAGAGAGAGAGAGAGAGAGAGAGAGAGAGGAAAAAAAAACAAUACUCCUUCACCGGCGGCUACGGCAAGCUGCGCUGCUCCUUCUCACCACAUCCAACACCUCCCAACAAACCCUCUUUCCCGUCCCUUCGGUCCUUUUCCCCACUCCUUUCCGCCCUCCCCGCCUCUCCUCUCCCCGGCCCCCCGUCUCUCCCUGUCCCCGCAACAGGACGUGAAGACGUGAAGUACGGCGGCGUGGGCAGCACGGACAGCGCCGUGAAUCCCGCGUUCUACAACUGGAACCUGGUGCUCGUCAAGUACUGCGACGGCAGCUCCUUCACCGGCGGCUACGGCAAGCUUCCGCCAAACGCGGAGACGGGGCGCGCGCUCUACUUCCGCGGGCACUGGAACCUGCAGGGCACGCUGCAAGAUCUGCUAGCUCGGCACGGGCUGAAUGUGGGCAAGCAGAUGCUGGUGGGCGGCUGCAGUGCAGGCGGCGUCGCAACGUCAAUCAAAUGCGAUCAAAUCUCGAGGUGGCUGGCCAAUUAUAACGUCACCACCAAGUGCUUCAUGGAUGGAGGCUACUUCCCAGAAUGCGAUCAGAUCUCGAGGUGGAUGGCCAACUACAACGUCACCACCAAAUGCUUCAUGGACGGAGGCUACUUCCCAGGUAGGCCUCACCUGCCUGCAUCACCUGGGGCAGGCUUCAUCCGGGAUGUGGCGGAUAAGGACGGGCAGUACAGCAUGAGGCAGAAGGUGCAGCAGAUGGCAGGCGUGCAUGACAUGGGGCGUAUUGGGGUCAACGCCGAGUGCAAGCGAGCCAUGAAGAAGACCAACGACACAUGGAAGUGUUUCUUCCCGGAGUACAACCUGCAAUUCUCACGCUCUCCAAUGCUCAUUGAGGACUUGAUCAAACACCCUCCGGACUACUUUGUGGCUGUUCCACUUGUCUUUGAGGUUCUAUACAGUGGAGUCCAGAAGAAGCUUGCUGCAGCAUCAACCGCCAGGGCAGCAGUUGCCAAGUUCUUGAUAAAAGUCAGCUCCCUUCACAAGGAAGCUCUGCGCAUCUGGACAGGAAUGGCUGUGCUCCGCUCACGUGAAAACGUUCAGGGGCUCAUGUUUAUGAAGGCUGUGGCAGAAUGUUUGGGAGCUGGACUUUUAGCGCUGGUGCUGCUGCCUCUUCACCUGCUGGCGGAGAAGCUUGUGUACACCAAGGUCAAAGCUGCUAUCGGCAUAAAAAAGGCAGCUGUGAGUGGUGGAGGCAGCUUGCCGUCGCACGUGGACAAAUUCUUUGAGGCAUUGGGAAGCAUUGGGAGUCCCGUUCCUGGAACAGAGAUAAAGAUUGUAGACCUGGAGACGGGAGCUGGUCUCCCUGCAGGCCAACGCGGGUUGGUCAAGGCACGUGAAAAUGUGGAGCCUGCUUUUGUCGAGGAGGCUGCACUUAGCAGCCCUGUCAUCCGCCAGAUUAUGCUCGUCGGCCAGGACGAGAGAAAGCUUGGAGCGCUGAUUGUUGUGAAUGAGGAGGAGAUGGAGGUUGCAGUGGCAAGCAUGAGAGCGGAGAAGGGGAUGGAGGGAGGCGAGGUGGAUAAUGGCCUCCUCACAGCAACAAUGAAGAUGCGGCGUGAUGUGAUUUACAGCAGCCACAAGGAGCUUUGUGAUCAGCUUUUCCAGCACCAAGUCACCUAG